GGGCGCCCCAGCGCAGCCGGAUUCUCCAACCAAGCACCAAGAAGAACCAACAAGAAGAGGGGAGUAAGGGAAAGAAGAGAGCAAGAUGUGUGGUGGUGCGAUCCUUGCCAAGCUCAUAACGAGCACGCCGGCGCGGCGCGUCACGGCGGGCCACCCCAGGCCCGCGGGCGAGGGCAAGCAGGGGAAGGCCGACGACUUCGAGGCGGCGUUCCGGAAGUUUGGUGAGGACUCCGAGGAGAUGAUGGAAGAGGAGAUGGAGAGCAAGCCGUUCGUGUUCCGUGCUUCCUCCAAGAACAAGAAGCCGACGAGGCGGCAGCGGCAGGAGGAGGCCGCGCCGAGCAGGCGCGGGAAGCCGGCGCAGUACAGGGGCGUCCGGUGCCGCCCGUGGGGCAAGUGGGCGGCGGAGAUCCGCGACCCCGUCAAGGGCGUCCGCGUCUGGCUCGGCACCUUCCCCUCCGCCGAGGCCGCCGCGCUCGCCUAUGACGUCGCCGCGCGCGACAUCCGCGGCAGCAGGGCCAAGCUCAACUUUCCCGAAUCCUCUUCCGCUGUUCCGGCCAGCCGCAAGCGCGGCCACGCCAUUCCCGCUGCCCAGGCGACGCCGGUAAUCGACCUCGUCGACGAAGAGGAGAACACCACCGUGCACGCGGCGUCCCUCAAGCUCGACCCCGAGGCCAGCGAGAGCUCCGAGUCCGGCGCCCUCCCGGACUUCUCGUGGCAGGGCAUGUCGGCGUUCGACGAUUCCGCCUCGCACCCUGUCCUCGAGAUCGAAGCCGAUCAACAAUCCGUCGACCUCGGCAGCGCCAACAAGCGUCUCAGGACCGAGCCGGCGAGCACCACCGACGAGGCUUCGCCCCGGGCCUCCGACUCUGAGGACGCGGACGCGCUGUUCGACGCGUUCCUCUUCGGCGACCAGUUCGCCCGCUUCAACGGCGGCGCGUACGAGUCCCUGGACAGCCUGUUCAGCGCGGACGCUGUGCAGGGCAAUGCCCCCGGCGCGGCGGACGAGGGGAUGGGCCUCUGGAGCUUCGAUGACGGCUGCCUCGUCGAGGACAACUUGUUCUAAGCUUCGCCUGUGUUCAUGUCUUGUAAAUUUCGGUGGUUUUGUCUAGUUUGUAAUUUUGUAUCGAGGAAGAGCUGAAAUUACCGUUCUGUCACAAAGAUUUUGCCUUUGUGUUUAUGCAAAGACCUGACUGCAGCGACUGCAUUCCGUUGC